AGCGGUCUGUCAGUCGCCGGGGACUUUCCCAGGGGUGGGACGGCCCGGCCCCCGGCACUUCCUCGUCCCAGGCCCCUUCCCCCUGCCCCGGCCCGGGAGCCCGAGGAGUGCUGCGGGGCCGGAGCCUGGCCCGGGCCGCUGCCCCGUCCCUGGACGAGGAGAGCCGGGCGCUGUUGCCCCAGGGCCCCUGUCCUCAGCCAGACGGGCACCACGGCAGGGGCUGAGCCACCCUCAUGGAAGGGAGAGGACCGUACCGGAUCUACGACCCCGGGGGCGGCGCUCCUCUGGGAGAGGCGUCCUCAGCUUUUGAGCGCCUAGUGGAGGAGAAUUCUCGGCUGAAGGAAAAAAUGCAAGGGAUAAAGAUGUUAGGGGAGCUUUUGGAAGAGUCCCAGAUGGAAGCAUCCAGGCUCCGGCAGAAGGCAGAGGAGCUGGUCAAGGACAGUGAGCUGCUCCCACCACCUUCUCCAUCCUUGGGCUCCUUCGAUCACCUGGCUGAGCUCACCGGAAAGGAUGCAAAUGUCACGGCACCUACUGCUACCCCUGCAUGCCCCAGCGACAAGCCAGAGACAGUCCAAAAAUCACCAUCCAGUGGCACAUCCUCUGAAUUUGAAGUGGUCCCCACCGAGGAGCAGAGCUCCCCACCAGAGAAUAGCAGCCACACCAGAAACACAAUGGAGCUGGGCCCCCUGCCCCAGGAAGACAGCAAUCUGAUGCUGCAUCUGCAGCGCCUGGAGACCACCCUGAGCGUAUGCGCUGAGGAGCCGGACCAUAGCCAGCUCUUCACCCACCUGGGCCGCAUGGCCCUCGAAUUCAACCGGCUGGCCUCCAAGGUGCACAAGAAUGAGCAGCGCACCUCCAUCCUGCAGACCCUGUGUGAGCAGCUUCGGAAGGAGAAUGAGGCCCUGAAGGCCAAGCUGGACAAGGGCCUGGAACAGCGGGAUCAGGCUGCUGAGAGGCUGCGGGAGGAAAAUAUGGAGCUCAAGAAAUUGUUGAUGAGCAGCGGCGGCAAAGAGGGUGCCUCUGGGUGGCCAGGCUCCCUGAAGAUGGAAAGUGCAGGCAAGAAGGGGGUGGCUGGACAGCAGCAGGCUAGUGUGACAGCAGGUAAGAUCCCAGAGGCGGGAGCCUUGGGUGGAGCCGAGAAGAAGGUGAAGAUGCUGGAGCAGCAGCGCACUGAGCUGCUGGAAGUGAAUAAGCAGUGGGACCAGCAUUUCCGGUCCAUGAAGCAGCAGUACGAGCAGAAGAUCACCGAGCUACGCCAGAAGCUGGCGGACGUGCAGAAGCAGGUGACAGACCUGGAGGCUGAGCGGGAGCAGAAGCAGCGUGACUUUGACCGCAAGCUCCUCCUGGCCAAGUCCAAGAUUGAGAUGGAGGAGACUGACAAGGAGCAUCUGACCACAGAAGCCAAGGAGCUGCGCCAGAAGGUCAAGUUCCUGCAAGAUCAGCUGAGCCCCCUCACCCGGCAGCGCGAGUACCAGGAAAAGGAGAUCCAGCGCCUCAACAAGGCCCUGGAGGAAGCACUGAGCAUCCGGGCCUCCCCGUCAUCAGCAUUUGGGAGCCCAGAAGGACCUGGGGGCCUCCUAAGGAAACAGGAGCUGGUCACGCAGAACGAGUUGCUGAAACAGCAGGUGAAGAUCUUUGAGGAGGACUUCCAGAGGGAGCGCAGUGAUCGAGAGCGCAUGAAUGAGGAGAAGGAAGAGUUGAAGAAGCAGGUGGAGAAACUGCAGGCCCAGGUCACCCUGUCGAAUGCCCAGUUAAAGGCAUUCAAAGAUGAAGAGAAGGCGAAAGAAGCCCUCAAACAACAGAAGAGGAAAGCAAAGGCCUCCGGAGAGCGCUACCAUGUGGAGCCCCACCCGGAGCACCUCUGUGGGGCCUACCCCUACGCCUACCCUCCCCUGACAGCCAUGGUGCCACACCAUGGCUUUGAGGACUGGUCCCAGAUCCGCUACCCCCCACCCCCCAUGGCCAUGGAGCACCCACCCCCACUCCCCAACUCACGCCUCUUCCAUCUGCCAGAAUACACCUGGCGUCCACCCUUUGGUGCAGUUCGAAAUCAGAGCUCCCAAGUGAUGGACUCGCCCACAGCCAGGCCUGCGGAUCCAGAGUCUGCAAAAAAUGACCGUGAGGGGCCUCAGUGAGACCAGAUUGUGUCAUUUGGCUCCACCUUCAUCUUGCAAGCCAGCUGACUUCAGAUUACUGAAAAACUAAAGGCCACAUGGCUUGUGUGGCCAGAGCCUCGGCUGGACAGGAGACUGAGGUGGGCAGCCAGCUCAUACCCUUGGCCCGGACCUGAACUGUAUACAAGACUGGGGAAGCCCCACCCAGAGGGCUUCCAUUUGGCCUCCUCCUCUGGAAGUGACCAGGGAAGACUCACUACCCUGCCACCGAGUAGAGAGAAGCCUCUCCCGGCUUUGACCUGCCAUCCUUUGCUAAAGCCUCCGGGAGAAGACCACCUUAACAGUGGGGUGCAGCCCAGGCUUCCUUUCAAAAUGUCCCCAGAACUGGUUCUGGCCCCUCCAGGUGCCAUGUCCAAUUCAUCUGUCUGUUUAAUUUUUGGUCAAGAUCUAUAGCAGGACCUGUCCCACAUUCAUCCCUACCCUUCUGUGAGGAGCUCCAGGAAGAAUAGGUUUGUCUCCAGAGCAGAAGUGAACGACAUGUUCUGAUGCUGGGGCUCUCUCCAGCUCCUCCUACAGUAGCCUUGCCAGAGCCACAGCAGCCUGGGAUGGAGGCCACACUGGCCACAUCUGCCAAGGGGCCUCAGCCUGAAGCUGCUUGGCCCUGAAGUUCAGGCCCUUGCCCUGCAGCUGGAGUCUUGUGGUGCCAGAGGUCCAGAUUGGGUGGCCAUCUGUCCCCGGGCAGCUGUUUGCACGAAUCUUGGACGUAAAUCCAAGUUGAAGAUUAA